GGGAAAUCGAUGGCAGCACCACCAUCUUCAACUUUGGGAUCUGUGGGGGCAAAAGUGGUGCGCUGUGUGAGGUGCUGAGCGCGGUAGGGGCAGCUACGAUGAACUCGGUCUUGGUAGCCACUUGGUGCCAACUUCGUGUGCCGCCCCCAAUCACUUUCUGUGAGCUGGAUCUACCCGGCGGUGGAGUCUUGAGUCGAGGGCGAUCGAUUGGCAAUGGAUCCGUAAUUUGGGUUUCAGUAGAUACGUCACAAUCUGGUGCAGCUGUGAGGAAACUGAAGGCGCCAGGCCUUGUUAGCAGAUCGGCAUCACUGUUGAUGGUCAAUGGACGAUUGUCGUUGCCUUCUGCGGGGUCUAUAAUGCCUAAUUGAGCCUGCAUUGCCUUUCGGAUCUCGAGCCAAUCGUCAAUUUGUGGCGAUUGAGGUGCAUUCACUGCUUUCUGCUGUAUUCGAGGCUUCCUCACCUUCAGGUCGUUGAGAGAUGACGAGUGGGUCAUUGACGGUACUGGGCUUGUUAGGACGCUGUAGGGUGCACACUGCUUCAUGGGGCUCCACAAACCUCUGGGCUGACGCCGUUGCUGGAGGAACGAGCUGACGGCGCAAUAAUUUUGAGCCGAAAUAUGAGCGGGUGAUGUGAGCACGUAGUUGGCGUCCAGAGUGUCGUUGGCACUAAAAAUCUCGAUCGGUUUGGUGUGGCUUGACGACGGGGUUAAGUUGUUCCGCUCGCGAUUCAUGUUUUCCAGCAUUUGAGGUGUCACGAAAUGGUUGGGGAACCCCUGGUUGCGUGCUGCUCCAUGGCGAUGAAACGCUUCACUGUCGCGGUGCAACUUGCCGAUUCGCGUGUUGUUUGCACUAGAGACGUCAGAUUUGGUGCGUUGAUAACUCGUCGAUAAUUCCAAAGCUUGGUACUCUGUGAGGUAGUUGACGCGCCAUAUACUGCUGGAGACUCGAAAUAUCUGCUCUAGUGCGAUCGUAAUCGACCGAGAUGUAUCUGCAGGCAAAAAGCCUACGACGAAUAAUCCGUCCGCAGACAGGAACUGGAUCUUCACGAAUUGUUUCGAGUUAAUUUCGACCCAGUCUCCUGGCUUCGGCUUCCGUUUGGCUGCACUAUCUGUUGACCUCAUUUGUUCCAGGUUGGCAACACACGGCGGUGAGUCUGACACCCUUUCCGGUGAAAAGGGUGGAUUACCAACGCUGUCGUGUAAAUUCUCGCAGUCUCGUGACACUGCAUUACGUUUCCAAGUAAUAUUGAGGCCACUAUUGAAUUUUGGGGAACGAGACGCAGUCUUGUGCUUGAGUACGGCAACACUCGGUACAACCACUUCGCGCCCGCCUUUAGUUGCAGUACCUACUGGUGCUGACUCUGCAGCCCGGAUCAAAGGCAUGAGGUCACGAAAGAUAGUCUCCCGUUUUCCUUUACCCUUGACUUUUACAGUCUCUAGAUCGGGGAAAGAGGCGACAUUGGAUAACAUUUUGAUCACUCGGCGACACCGUAUCGUUGUUGCUUCUGGAUCCAAGUCUCUUGAGGUCAGUAGGGUUGUAAAAAGCGGUGGGAUAGCUCCGAGAAGUUCGCUUUCGUCCUUAAAGCCCGUGCUUUCGACUUCUGGCUUGAAUUCUUCCCGCAUUUUUUGUUCUCUGUCAAGUGAAACUUGUCGAACGAUAGCGAUCAAUGUCACCAGUGCGUAUGGAGGGAGAUUGACGAUAUCUCGGAUAGCUUCGGACGGAAAUUGUGGACUAUCUAGCUGCUUAAUUGCCAAGGCUUCGGACAAGAGUACUUUUGGAAACCGGAAUUGAAGGAAAACAGCUAAUAGGGCGAUGACUUCUAUUCGUGUUCGGCGUGUAAGCGCUAGCACCUCGUCCAGCCAUAUCUUCGGCAUCCAUCGCGAAUUAGGCGCUUGUUUGGAAGGUGCAAAAUGGCAAUACAAAUUGUGGACGACACUUUCAGCAUUGUGAAACGAAACAAUGGCGUACAAUCUUCUCAAAUCAGGUGACUCGUAUGGGUUUACACGUUUGUGGGCGAUAUCAAUGAGAGUUGCGCAAGGAGUUAACUCUGCGGUGUCUUCUUUCGAGAUUUCCGAUACCCAUACGUCAGUUGCUGAGCCAAAUUUGAAGUCCGCUGAGGUUGAUCUUUGCGGUUGUUCGAGUAGGUUUAUAACGAAUUCGUCAAAUUCCUCGAUCGCUUGUUGCCUUUCAACUGUAGAAACGAAAUGGGUAUCAAAAAUCCACACAUUUGGUAGCAGUGCCACUACCUUUUUCCGAUAAUCGUCAAUUGCGUUGCCUUUCAACAGACCAUCAUUCCCGGCUAACCGUAACUCCAGCAAAUGUUGAUCUCGUAGGCAAACCAAAUCCUCAAAACCGAUGCGAUUUCGUUCGAGAUGUAAGAAACCCAACGCUCGAAAAGAUGUCAAUGCGUGAAGAUUUUUGAGUAAAUUCCCAUUGAGGUCGAUGCGCCACA